AUCUGUCUCUAGCCCCUGCCUCUGCCUUUUCCAUUCACAAAUUCUUCUCUCCGGCAAUCCGAGAAAACAACAUGGCGACAGCCCCGACAUCCGCAAGGCAGCUUUCUCCUAAAGAAGCCGACAUCCAGAUGAUGUUGGCCGCCGAAGUACAUCUCGGUACCAAGAACUGUGAUUUCCAAAUGGAGCGUUACGUUUUCAAGCGUCGCAAUGACGGAAUUUACAUUAUCAACCUUGGCAAGACUUGGGAGAAGCUUCAGCUUGCUGCUCGAGUAAUCGUCGCUAUUGAGAACCCUCAGGACAUCAUUGUCCAAUCUGCAAGGCCCUAUGGUCAGACAGCUGUGCUGAAAUUUGCACAGUACACUGGUUGUCAUGCAAUUGCCGGAAGGCACACCCCUGGUACAUUCACUAACCAGAUGCAGACAUCUUUCAGCGAGCCUCGUCUUCUUAUCCUCACAGACCCCAGGACUGAUCACCAGCCCAUCAAGGAAGGAGCUCUCGGAAACAUUCCGACCAUUGCCUUUUGUGAUACCGACUCGCCGAUGCGAUAUGUUGACAUUGGUAUCCCCUCUAACAACAAGGGAAAGCACAGCAUCGGUUGCCUUUUCUGGCUGUUGGCAAGGAUGGUUCUUCAGAUGCGUGGUACAAUUGCUCCCGGACAGAAGUGGGAUGUGAUGGUGGAUCUGUUCUUCUACAGGGAGCCUGAGGAAGUUAAAGAGCCAGAAGAGGAGAAGGCUGUUGUGGCCCCUGAUUACGGACUCCCUGCUGCAGAUUAUGGAAUGGGUGCCUUAGCAUCUGAUCAGUGGCCUUCACAAAUAGGCGAUCAAUGGUCUGCUGAUAUGGUUCAGGCACCUAUUUCUGGUGUCCCUGCUGCUGUUAACUGGGGUGACCAAGUUGCAGUUGGUGCCGAUGGGUGGGAUGCAGCAGCUGCUCCAGCACAAAUCCCAGAUGUUCCUGUCGAUGUCACGGCCCCUGCUCCCACAGGUUGGGAAUGAGGGGGAUUCGUUUUUAUAUUUUGGCAAAAAUGUUUUGUUUUAAAAUGAGCCAUUUUGGACUUUGUGUGUACUGGCAAUAGUGUUGUAGACAUCGAUGGCUUUAGAAAUUUUUGUUAUUCUGUUGUUGGAAUCAUAAGUUUUGAAUUUGUAUUGUGGUAUAUGCAUUAAUGGCUUCUUGU